CGGUGAUAGUAUUUCCUGUCAGUGUUUGUAAACUGAGGAAAAAAUUGGAACCACGACAAGCCAUAAGAAUCCACAAAACCGUACAAAAUCGAAAGGCUUUGGUCCCUGAUGGUUUGGGGGGGACUGUGGUCUCCUGUCACCCCCUCAUCCUGAGCGAAGCCCACCCCUCUCUGUCCCCUCAAACACACACGCAUUCAAACCACGGCGAUGACACACCAUUCCAACAAUUCAGUUCGAGACCAUAUGAAAUGGGCUGGGUUGCUGGGCUGCGAGGCGGUGUUGUCCAGCAUGGCCCUGAUGCAAGCCAACAACAUCCCAAGCCAGAAGAAGAUGAUGUCCUCUUCGGGUCAUGGCCACAGGUCCAGUGGUGAGGACCACCAGACACAUUCGCAGCACAGCCUCAACCAUCAUGGGCACCAAGUUCACCAUGGACAAGGCCAUCACAGUCACAUGGGCCAUGCUUCCGAAGGGAGCCUUCCACCGCUGCUAAUCCGAAAAGAUGGGGAGUAUCACACAUCAAGGAUUAUCGAUGGGAAAGACGUCCAGACAAACCAGAAUUUGCAGCCCAAGAAGAAACACAAAAAGUCGUCCCAUAAGGUAAAAGAGAAAGUGGAGGUGUUGAUUCCGCACAUGGAUAUGGAUGACGACAGUUCCUUAAGAGUUCAGAAGAACUUCAUCUGCGAUCAUUGCUACGGGGCUUUCCGGAGCAGCUACCACCUCAAGCGACAUAUUCUCACACAUACAGGGGAAAAGCCAUAUGCUUGUGAUGCAUGUGAUAUGCGGUUCAUUCAGCGGUACCAUCUGGACAGACACAAGAGGGUGCACAGUGGAGAGAAGCCGUAUCAGUGUGAUCGAUGCCACCAGAACUUUUCACGGACUGACAGGCUGCUAAGACACCGGCGGCUGUGUACAGCUGGCAUGAGCAAAGAGGAAAACCAGUACUCCCAGGAUGCAUCUGCCCAUACAGCUUCCUGGAGUCCCCUCCAUCCCUCUAACAGCCGUCUGACUGUUUGACCCUCAGCUUCCUAACACCUGCCUGCAGCUUCACGACAUCACUCGUGGGAGUUUUACUCUGAAAGUAACCUUAGCUAAAGACAGCCACACGAUAGUUUGCUCUCAACUCCUCAUCGUGGUUGAGUUCUCAUACAUGAGCAAAAGCAAAUGGACUGAUUUGAACAUGAGGUUAUGGCAAUAAGUGAAGUGAAAAAAAAACACAGCUGGGUACUCUCAAUUUCUGAGUCUCUACUUUUUAAAUCUCCUUCCGACUUGCAGCUCAUCCCACUGCACAGGAACAUGUUACUGAGAAAGACACAAAACCACACCGCAUUUAAGCAUAUAUUAGCACAAAAUCUUUAAAUAUCCAACACAAACGCACUACAGUUAAAAUGAAGCUCACAGCAGAUUUCUGAGGUGUUUAUCAAAGCAAAUUACUUAAAUCAGUUAAUUUAGCUAAAAGAGGAAAAUCCAAGGCAGUUUAUUUUAAUGCACACUUAAAAUGUAUUUUUACACCCAAUUAAAAAAAUCUAAAAUAGAGCUGCACCAUCAAUUACAAGCAUACCUUGUAGUAUCGGUGUUUGCAAUAUUGAUUGGAAUUCAACAUACAUUCUUCCAAAGUUUUAUAAAUUUGUGCUUUGUGUCCCAAUGUAAUAUUUACCCUUGUAGACACAGUCUCACUGCAUUUGGUUUCCAAGUCUGACUGAAGGCACCUUUCGACUCUGGGUUUAUGAAUGUUUAUUUAAUCUUUUCACUUGAACAGAAACACCUGAAAACUUUCCACCUGCCUAGGCCCUUUGUGGUGUAUAUUUUCUCUGGAGGGUCUAAAAACAGCCCAUGUCUCCCCUGAUGUUGAUCGGCUCCUCCAAAUCCGCAACACGACAAAUGCAUUAAUUGCAACUGAUAUCGCCACCACUAAUAUGUUCACUACUACACUAAACCAGCUUCUCAAUUUUCUAACCCUCCAUCUGGACCACAGCUGCACAAUCACAGCUGUGUAAAAAUAAUUCACCUGAAAAACACUAACAUCUAAUUGAUCUUUUUAUUAGUCGAGUUGGAGCGCCUAUUGCCAAACGUUAAAAACAGACUUUGUUUUACAGUGGCUUUUGUCGCACUGUUGUAGCAAUUAGGUGACUCACAAGUUUUAAUGGGAACCAGAUGUUUUGGCACCUUUGGUGAGCAGCAAUCAUUUUUUUUGCUAAAUCUUUUUAGUUUCUCCAAAGUGCUUCCAUAAAAUAAAUGUAAAUUCAUUGUGUUUACUGUCUCUGCUAGAAGACACUGUUGUCUUCUUGUUCCUGUUUGUUGAUCAGAGGCUCUGUGAUUUCAACAGACAUUUACCCGUAAUAAAGGUACUUAGCUUAGCCAGAUGGACAUUUUUAGUGUUCAGAAUAGAAUCAAACAGGUGCUGGUCAUAUGGAUUAUUUAAUGUAUAGAUUAUUUUCUCAGUUAGUUCCUGCUUAUGAUCUUAGUGCAGAUCAAAUUAAGGCAUGAAUUCAUCCAUAGAUUUUAAAUUAUGACCACUGCCUGACUGAAUUUGUACUUGAUUUUACAGUGUUGUUUCUUUUUAUGGUUCCUUUAACCUUAAGCAUCUUCAGUGAAGAUGGAUCAUUUUUGGCAAAUAACUCCUUCAGGCUGGACUGUAAUCACUGGACCGAAGACAUUGCAGUUUUAGGGCAAGUUUUAACAGUUAUUUAGACGAAAUGUUGUAAUAGUCAGGUAACUCUGUUGAUAUUAGCAGUGUAGAUUUGAGUUUAGGGCCAAUCACUGACUUUUUA